AAAAUUAUUGGCCCUCCGAACUUUCUCUUUGUAGUUGGAAUCCGGAUACAGUACAAUACACAUUUCAGCUCAAUACAUGAUAUGACAAUUGCUCACAAUACACAGAAAUUCAACACGGAUAUAUUUGCCAGUGUAAGGCUGGUUUUCCAAUCGAGGCUGUUCUGAGAACUGUCAUGGCGGAUACAAUCGACUUUGAGAAAUCUGAAAAGUGCAACUGAUGAGGUCUCAGCAAACAAGUUGCUUCCUUUUUUGAUGAAUUCUGAGGAGGAUGACUUGGGAAUUGAAGAAAAUUCAGAGAAUGGUUUUAAGAAUUAAAACUGUGUGACUUUGAAAACAUCGCAAACAAAGACCACAACACAAGCCAAAUGAUGAUGGGCGAAUCAAGUCAGACAGCGAGCGUUUCUGUUUUAAAGAGAUUUGCAAAAGAUAACCUGGUUGUUCAGCUAGAAGAGUUUCAUGGAGCAAAAGACCUGGUGAUAGAUGAAGAGCUUUUGAGACCACUGGACCGGUUUGCAGGUGUAUCUGUUCUGAAACAACAUGGUGUUGAGAAGAUCUACAAACUUGAGGCAAAAUGUGCAGAUGUUGGCUGCGAAAGGCGGAUGUAUGUGACAAGGCCAUACGUUUCAAGAAUGAAGAUGAUAGUAGAUCACAUAAAGCUGGACAAAGAGAAGAAGCUGAAUAUCGAUUACAGGGUUGUAUUUACUCCAAAAAAGUUGGCUCUCUGUGACCACUACUUUGAAGAAGAAGGUGUAUAUGGAGAUGUCAAAAUGGAAGAACUGCCAUUAGAUUUCAUUGUACUUGAUGAUGACGUAAUGUCGAUGGAAAUGCCUUUUUUCUUCAGAGAUCUCUAUUUGAAUGGGGAUUUAACGUGGAUUUCAACUGUUGCAAGAACUAUCAAAACGAUCCAAUCAACAUUCGGCUCCAUUCCAAAAGUUACCUGUUUCGGGACUGCAUCAAAGAUGGUUUAUGAUUUACUACAAGUUAUUAUGGAAGAUGAACGAGAAUAUAUUCCCAUUGGUGGACCAGAAAUCUCCUCCCUAGUGAUAUUUGAUAGAGAUGUUGAUUGCGUCACUCCACUCUGCUCACAGCUUGCUUAUGAAGGACUGCUUGCCGAUGUGUUUGGAAUCUCUAGUGGAUAUGUUGAUUUUGGCAAAGAUGUGACUGGAAGUGAUAAAAGCACGCGUGUUUUGCUUAGUUCAGGUGACCCGGUUUUCCAAGAAAUAAGAGACAGGCAUUUCACUAGUGUUUUUCCUCUGCUGAGUAAUAAAGCGAAGCAGUUGCAAGUUGGAUAUAAUAAACGAAACGAUAUUCAGUCUGUAAGUGAUAUGAAAGCCUUUGUGUCUCAGGAUUUAAAAAACCUGAAACAGCAGCACAAGUCGCUGUCAUUACAUAUCAGUGCCUGUGAGUCAAUAUUAAAGAGAAAGACCGCUGAAGAAUUCGAAAAAUUCUUACACAUGGAACAAAGUAUAUUGGAUGACAUAGAAGUCAAAGAAACGUUUGCUUUUAUUGAAGAAUGCAUAAAUAGACAGGCUUCUCAAUAUAAUGUAUUACGGUUACUUUGUUUGCUUUCCCAGACGCGUGGAACUGCUGAUGUCACUCGUUUGAAGUCACUGAAACUUCAAUAUCUUCAGAGCUAUGGCUAUGAGCACCUACUGACAUUCAACAACUUGAGCAAAGUGGGAAUUUUCAAUGAAGGACCUGAGAAAAAAAUUCAGUUUCAACGAAUAAAAAAGAAGAUGGAUCUUGUGCCAAAGAAUCCAGCAAGUAUCAAUGUGAAGAACCCCACUGACAUGUCAUACAUAUUUGGAGGUGCCUAUACACCACUCUCUAUCAAAAUAAUUGAGCAGUACAUUUGUAAAGGACUUAACACCGUUGAAAACCUGCUGAAGCCUGAAGGAAUUUCAGUUUUUGAGAAUAGAAAGCCUUCUUCAGUUCGUGCUACAAAAAGCCAUUUACAACCAUCUGAAACUGCCAAGAAAUCAGUUCUUGUUGUGUUUGUUGGAGGGUGCACACAUUCUGAGAUUAGUGCUUUAAGAUUCCUUGGAAUCAAAGAAGGAUAUCACUUCAUGGUUUUGACAACCAGUAUAACUACUGGUGUAUCCUUUGUUAAAUCACUUUUGCCGCCAUAAGUGCAGAACAAGAUGACAAGAGCAAGUGACUGCAUUUAUGCUAAAUAUUAUAAUAGAUACAUG